AUGUCAAACGAUCAAGGCACACAAAAGUUAUGGGGUGGUAGAUUUACUGGGGAAACUGACCCACUAAUGCAUCUUUACAAUGCCUCCUUACCAUAUGAUUACAAAAUGUACAAAGCCGAUUUAGAAGGUACCAAAGUUUACACUGCUGGUUUGCAAAAGCUGGAUUUAUUGACCCCAGAUGAAUUGUCCAAGAUCCAUCAUGGUCUUGAUGAAAUUAAGAAGGAAUGGGACAGUGACUCCUUUGUCCGUCACCCAAACGACGAAGAUAUCCACACUGCAAAUGAAAGACGUCUUGGUGAAAUCAUCGGUCGUGAUAUUGCCGGUAAAGUUCAUACUGGUAGAUCCCGUAACGAUCAAUGUGUCACUGACUUGAGAAUAUUCUGCCGUGACACCCUAAAUGAGAAAUUAUUACCAGCUUUGAUAGACCUAAUUAAAGUUUUAAUCAAAAGGUCCAGAGACGAAAUUGAUAUUUUGAUGCCAGGUUACACUCACUUACAAAGAGCCCAACCAAUUAGGUGGUCUCACUGGCUAAGUUCUUACGCUACUUAUUUCACCGAGGACUACAAGAGAUUAUUGCAAAUCCAAGAUAGAUUGAACGUUUCCCCAUUAGGUGCUGGUGCCUUAGCCGGCCACCCAUACGGUAUCGAUAGAGAAUUCUUAGCUGAAGGGUUGGGCUUCAAUGGUGUUAUUGGUAACUCCUUAGUUGCCGUUUCCGACAGAGACUUUGUUGUCGAACUUAUGUUCUGGGGUACCCUUUUCAUGAACCACAUCUCUCGUUUUGCUGAGGAUUUGGUCAUUUACUCUACCGCCGAAUUUGGUUUCAUAAAACUAAGUGAUGCUUACUCUACUGGUUCUUCAUUGAUGCCUCAAAAGAAGAAUGCCGAUUCUCUCGAGCUUUUGAGAGGUAAGUCAGGUAGAGUCUUUGGUGACAUGGCAGGUUUCCUAAUGAGUUUAAAGGGUAUUCCUUCCACAUAUGACAAGGAUAUGCAAGAAGACAAAGAAUCUCUAUUUGAUGCUUUAACCACUGUCGAACAUUCUAUUCUAAUUGCUACUGGUGUUGUUUCCACUUUAUCAGUUCAAAAAGAAAAGAUGGAAGCUGCGUUGACAAUGGAUAUGCUUGCUACUGAUUUAGCUGAUUACUUGGUAAGGAGAGGUGUUCCAUUUAGAGAAACUCAUCACAUUUCUGGUGAAUGUGUAGCUCAGGCUGAAAGAUUGAAAUUGUCUGGUAUUGACAAAUUAUCUCUAGAACAAUACAAGAAAAUUGAUUCUAGAUUUGAAGCCGACUUGUUUGAAACUUUCAACUUCGAACAAAGUGUCGAAAGAAGAGAUGCCACCGGUGGUACUGCCAAGUCUGCUAUUUUCAAACAAUUAGAUAACCUUGAAUCACAAAUUUAA